ACAUUCAGUUGAAAUGUUGUACAUUUUAAACCAGGAAAAAAGCUCUAUCUUGUACAACAACAAAAUAACACUCAAGACACAACCUCAAUACCUCGGCGGCUCAAACCAUACUUGUCUAACAAUGUUGAGUUCCAAAACCUUAUUAUACAAGAAUCAUAAAAGAAAGAAAAAAAAUGUCAAAACCAAAAAAUCAAAGAAAAUAUGUGUGUCUACAGAAAAAGGGGUAACCAAACAAUACCAAGAAGAGGAAGAAGAUGAGGGGUUCAGCUUAAAAGGUUCAGAUUCCCAUGGAGUUCAACCACUUGGGAAUCUUUAUAUCAACCCACCAUUUCAUAAUUCAAGAAACACUGGCUUAGGUAAUCUUCAAACUUUGACAGAUGAGCUUGUUCUUGAUAUUUUAGGCCUUUUAGAAGGUACCCAUUUAGGUAUUUUAUCAACUGUAAGCAAAAGUUUCUAUAUUUUCUGUAAUCAUGAACCACUAUGGAGGAAUCUUGUAUUGGAGACUUGUAAAGGUGGGUUAUUUUUCAAAGGGUCUUGGAAGUCUACUUUUGUUGGUGUAGGUAAUAGGACUUGUGGUGUUAAAAUUAGAGACUUUUAUUCUGAUUACUUGUUUCAGAGUUGGUUAUGUGCUAAUCUUGAAAUGAAAUCUGAGUGGUUGGAGAGGGAUAAUGUAGUGAGGAGAAAAGGGGUUUCUGUUGAUGAGUUUGUGAUGAAUUUUGAGGAACCGAAUAAGCCGGUUUUAUUAGAAGGGUGUUUGGAGAAUUGGCCUGCAUUGGAGAAAUGGAAUAGGGAGUAUUUGAUUGAGAAAUGUGGGGAUGUGAGGUUUUCGGUAGGGCCAGUGGAAAUGAAGCUUGAGGACUAUUUUAGGUACGCUGAUCAAGUGAGGGAAGAAAGGCCGUUGUAUCUGUUUGAUCCAAAGUUUGCGGAGAAAGUUCCUCAAUUAGGAAAGGAUUUUGAUGUCCCGAUUUACUUCAAUGAGGAUUUGUUUAGUGUUUUGGGUAAUGAAAGGCCAGAUUAUAGGUGGAUUAUAAUUGGACCAGCAGGGUCUGGUUCGUCAUUCCACAUUGAUCCAAAUUCUACCUCUGCUUGGAAUGCGGUAAUCAAAGGAUCCAAGAAAUGGAUAUUAUUUCCCCCUGAUGUGGUGCCACCCGGGGUUCAUCCAAGCCCUGAUGGUGCAGAAGUAGCAAGUCCUGUUUCAAUUAUGGAAUGGUUCAUGAACUUUUAUAAUGCAACCAAGAAUUUGAAAAAGAGACCUAUUGAGUGUGUCUGCAAGGCGGGUGAAGUUAUCUUUGUACCUAAUGGAUGGUGGCAUUUGGUCAUCAAUUUAGAGGAUUCAAUUGCCAUUACUCAGAACUUUGUUAGCAGGAGGAAUUUACUGAAUGUUUUGGAGUUUCUUAAAAGGCCAAAUGCUUGCACUCUUGUGUCUGGAACAAGCGACAGAGUCAAUUUGCAUGACAAAUUUAAGAGUGCCAUCGAAGCAUAUCUUCCCGGUACUAUUGAUGAGUUGACUCUGAAAGCCGAGGAGAAAAAAGCCCAGCAGAGCAAACCUUCCUUCUGGGAUUCGGUCACUGAUUCAAAAGCAGGCGCUUUCAAAUUUUCUUUUUGAUGAAAGACUAGUGAUGAAGUAUUCGCCAGUUAGUCCUGAGGCGAUGGACUUUUAGCAAUCUUCCUCAAACAGAUGAAGCUGCAAGCAUGAAAUUUUAUUUUUGUUUACAUGACGAGGGAUUAUUAAGGAAGUUAAUUGACAUUUUAUUCAUUGAUCUUGUAUUUUCCAAGAGGAAUAAGAAAAGGUCCAGACAUAAACCCCCCCCCCCCCCCCCCCCGCGACCGCCCUUCUGUAUGUGUGUGAGAUCACGGUGGUGUCUGUGCACCUCAACCAUUUCACUGAAUCAUGGGACACCUACCACCUCUCACGUACUGAAUAAUUGUGUAGCCAAGACUUUGGCACAUGGAAAGAAAUCACAGAACCCCAGUGUCACAUGAUUUUCACCCAUUUCAUUGAUUGCUAGACACCUCUGGAUGCUAGUUAGAAGACUACCUUAGAAUGUGCACCUCAGCUCAGAACAUGUGAUUGCUUUAUAAAGGCCUCGCUUGUGGAAUUAUAACCUCACCAAGUGUGCUGAUAGAAACUUCUUCAGAUUGUCGUUUUCAGUAUCUAUCUGCUUGUGUGGUGUUCUCAAGUGGUGAAAGUUAGUUCAGCUGUAAUUGCAAGGCAAUCACAUCAACCAUCUUGUCUAAUCCUUCAUAGUCUGUGCUUGGAAAAUAGUCACUAUAGAGGAAGGUUAAGAAGGGUUGUGUAUUAAGUUCAUAUUAUGUCUUGAUGGAGCCAGAAAUCCCCUUCGAUAGAAAAUUUAUAUUCUGCUAAAUGAGCAAAAAAUGAAUUAUUUCCAUUAUCUAUAUAAACUGCUGAAUCUUUAGAACCAUCUCCAUCUUAAUAAAGAAAGGGAUAGCAAGAACAAUUGAGAACUCGGAUAACCUUGUGGCAUGCUGCCAAAUUUACUCUACUCUACACUAUCAUCUUUCUUCCUUGUGAUUCAACCACGACAGAUAUCUAUUCAACUGCGGCUACACUUAAACCAAGAACUUGUAAACCAAGAACUUGUAUUGCUUCAAGACCUGAUUCUAUUGCAACAUUUACCGUAAUAAGACGAGUGUCGAAAUAAAGGAAGAUUAUAUUGAAGCCGCAAAAGAGAUUAUAUUGAAGCCGCAAAAGAGAUUUAAAAGGUUGUUACAGAUUACAAGGUCAAAUGUUAAUUGUGACAUUUUAGUAUUUUCUUGAAUCCACUUAUAUAAACUUUUGGCUCCGACACUGAUUAUCUUCUGUUAGUUUGUUCCUAACUUUAUGUUGGGAGGACUAUAUUUUUGCCUUUGCUCCUUUUGUUAUGUUCACCAGUCCCACAUCAGAGGAAGAUUGGAAAUAGACAAUAGAGAGUUGAUAUAAAAGCAAAGGCCCGUAGCAAUUCCAAAACAUACCUUUCUCGGCCUUUUGGCUAAGAUCAAGUGUAGUAUCUGUUCUUAUCAGUUUAAUAUCUGAUAUGUGGGCCAUUGGUCCACACGAUAUUAACUCUAUUUUUUGAGGGGGAAGACUCAUCAAGGUAGCUUGCUGCCUGGGCCUUCAAGCGUCGCCCAAGUGUUGCACUAUGCUUUGGCCUGGCGCACCCCACGAAUACUAGUUUAAUGUUUGAGCAGUAUGUUGUCUUAGUCUAGUAAUCUGUGGAAAUUUCUCACUGUACUUAUUUUAUUUCUGGCGUCCUCUCUUGUUUUUAGAGAUCAGGUUUAAACUACUAAAGCUUGUAUUGAAGAGUCAAAGCUCGUAGGGAAGAGUCAAAGCGAAUUGGACUUUUCUGGCCUUUUUCCUGUCUAUUUGCGUUGCGGGAAUCUUUAAUUGAAAACCCUGUCUUCUGCCCUCGCCACUUCUUUUGCUGACCCUAUCCACCUCCUUUUGGAAUACCAGAAAAAGAGAUGAAUUAGCGGAUCAUAGGGGCCAAGUCGAAGCAUAUGCCUGAACCUUCUUUGGCGGAGAUGGAGUUAAUAGGGAGUUGUGAGAGGAUGUACUUGGCCUAGUGGUCAAUAAAGUUGGUUGAGCAUCAUGACGUCUAGGUUUAAUUUUCAGCUAGACAAAAACAGAAAAUAUGCAUAAUCAUGCUUAACUGAAUUUUGCUUGAAUUCAUAGUCAAGGAGUUCUGAUGUUGAUGCCUGUCUGGUAGAGGAAGUUGUAUCAUCGGUUUUGCAGCGUUAAUUAUGCAGUUUUUGUUGUGCUAUGGAUAAGACGGCGUCUUCCCUAGACAUGUAAUACGAUCUCUUUUAUAGCUAUUACUUUCAUUUGCAUCUUCUUGAUACCUACAACUACAUCUAUGAGAAAGGAAAAGUCUUUCCUAGACAUGUAAAAGUAGGUAUUUUUUGAAUGCACUUGGUUUGAACUUGGCAUGAGAAUUUUUCAGGGCAACUCUCUCCCUACACUUGUGUGUCCAUUUAGGAUCACCACUGAUAUUUUCUGGACAGCUCUCUUCAUGGAUCCUUGCUCGGGCCAAUAUCUAUUUUAUGGAGUAUCUUUCAACUGUCAUUUCGUCUUGCAGGAAGAAUUUACCGAAUGUUUUGGAGUUUCUAGGAAGGCCAAAUACUUGCACUCUUGUUUCCGGAACAAGUGAGUCAAUUUGCAUGAAAAAUUCAAGAAUGCCGUUGAAGCAUAUCUUCCUGGUACUAUUGAUGAGUUGACUCUAAAAGCUAAGAAAAAGGGCCAGCAGAAUAAACCUUCCUUCUGGGAUUCGGUCACUGAUUCAAAAGCAGGCACUUUCAGAUUUUCUUUUUGAUGAAAGGCCAGUGAUGGAAUCUUCAAUUGUUAGUUCCCAGGCUGUAGACUUUUACCAAUCUUCUGCUCAAACAGAUGAAGCUGCAAGAGUGAAAUUUAAUGUUUGUUUACUUAACAAGAGGGAUUUUAUUGGCAUUUUAUUCAUCAUUGAACUUGUAUUUUUCCCAAGAGGAAACAAAAGUUUAGACAAAUUUUGGCGUCAA